AUGGACGACUUUGCUCCCCCGUCCGGUCCCCCUCCUCCUAAGGCUCCCGAGGUCCCUGCCGGGUGGGCCGUGCGAUGGAACGACCAGUACAAGGAAUGGUUCUACGUCAACGUCUACACAAAACAGUCGCAAUGGGAAAAGCCCACUGCUCCCGUUUUCCCCGCCGAUGAUGGUGCUCCUGGCGGCCCUCCACCCGGAUACACAGGCGGUGAUUCACAUGUCCCUACAGACACCAAGAAGAAUCCCUACGAGGAUCCUCACGCCCACUCGGCCGGUGGUUCCUAUCAGGAUGAAGAUGCCAAGCUAGCUGCUAAGCUUCAAGCCGAGGAAGAUGCUCGCGCCCGUGGUGGCCCCGGUGGUCCAGAUGUUCCCGCAGGAUACGGCGCCUCAAGUAGCCCGUAUCCUCAAGACAACAACCCUUACUCUCAGCAACAGCAAGGCGGCGGUACCUAUCCUUCAGAACUGCCUCCUAGAGAUAGGGGUGCUAAGAGUGGUGGUUUCCUAGGCAAGCUGCUCGGCAAGGGCAAGCAAAUGGCUGCUGGUCACCAACAGCAACAACAAGGCGGUUACGGUGGCUCUCAAGGUGGCUAUGGUGGUGGUUAUCCUCAGCAACAGCAGUACGGCCAGCAGUACGGCCAACAGUCCCAUGGCUUUCCUGGCCAUGGUCCACCAAUGGGCUACGGAGCUCAACCUCAUUAUGGCGGCGGUUAUGGCGCACCAGGUGGUUAUGGUGGUUACGGCGGCGCCCCUGGUUAUGGUGGUGGUGGCGGCGGCAUGAUGGGUGGUGGUCGUAAGCCCGGAGGUGGUGGUAUGGGUAUGAUGGGAGGUGCCGCCAUGGGUGCCGGUGCCGGUCUGCUUGGUGGUGCCAUGAUUGCGAAUGCCAUGGACGACGAUGACGAGCGAGAGGCCUACCAGGAUGGUUAUCAGGACGGUGGUGAUGACGGUGGUGGUGAUGAUGGUGGUGACUAA